UCAUUUACCUGUGAUUGGGAAAACAGCAGCAGGACCUUGGAUCUGUGUGUUUUUAACAGCGAGCAGAGCACCAACAUGGAGAAGCAGUUAACAGGUACUCUGGCUCUGGCCGUGUUUACUGCUGCUCUUGGUUCUCUGCAGUAUGGAUAUGGAAUUGGAGUUAUAAACGCUCCACAGGAGGUGAUCACGCAGCACUAUGCUCGGACACUCGGCUUUCCUGUGGGUACUGAACGCAGUAACGUUACACCAGCUGAAGGUGAUGAGCUUCAGGUGCAGAAGUUCUCUCUCACCAUGUACUGGUCUUUAUCAGUGGCCAUAUUUCCUGUUGGAGGAAUCAUCUCAUCCUUCCUGGUGGGAUUCAUUGCUGAUUUCAGAGGAAGGGUUAAAGGAAUGCUGGUGAUGAACGUUCUCGCUCUGGCUGCGAGUCUCCUCAUGGGUUUGGCUAAAAUGGGAACUUCUCACAUCAUGGUGAUUGCGGGACGUGCCAUCAUGGGCUUCUACUGCGGUCUCUCGUCUGGACUGGUUCCGAUGUACAUUGGUGAAAUCGCCCCGCUAAAGUACAGAGGUGCGUUAGGAACACUGCACCAACUCGCCGUCGUCAUCGGCAUCCUUAUCAGCCAGGUCCUGGGUCUGGACUUCCUGUUAGGGAAUGAUGAUAUGUGGCAUGUGCUGCUCGGAUUAUCCGGAGUCAUUGCACUGCUCCAGAGUUUGUUGCUGCCAUUGUGCCCUGAGAGUCCGAGAUACCUGUAUAUCAAACUGGGAAAGAAGGAGGAGGCCUGCAAGAGUUUAAAGCGCCUUAAAGGUGACUACGACAUGUCAAAGGAUAUCUCAGAAAUGCAGAAAGAGAAAGAGGAGGCCAUGAAAGAAUCAAAGGUUUCAAUAUGGCGGCUGUUACGAGCAGAACAGUACAGACAGCAGCUGUUCGUGGCUCUGAUGCUGCAUCUGUCACAGCAGCUCUCCGGGAUUAACGCUAUCUUUUAUUACUCCACCGAUAUUUUCCACAACGCCAGAGUCGCUCAGCCCGUCUACGCCACCAUCGGGGUCGGAGUCGUAAACACCUUCUUCACACUGCUGUCAGUGGUUCUGGUGGACCGGGCUGGGAGAAGAACUCUGCUGUUAAUCGGUUUGAGUGGAAUGUGUUGCUGUGCUGUGGGAAUGACGAUCGGACUCGUUUACCUGAACACAUACUCCUGGAUGAGUUACCUGAGCAUGGUGGCCGUUUUUCUUUUCGUCAGUUUCUUUGAAAUUGGACCAGGUCCGAUCCCGUGGUUUAUAGUAGCUGAGUUGUUUAGUCAGGGGCCACGGCCUGCAGCCAUUGCUCUCGCUGGCUUCUGCAACUGGACCAGUAACUUCAUCGUCGGGAUGUUUUUCCCUUACGUGAAGCACUACUGUGAUGUGUAUGUCUUCAUCAUCUUCGCUGUUCUACUCUUCGGUUUCACGAUCUUCACGUCUUUACGAGUCCCUGAGACUAAAGGGAAAACCUUUGAGGAAAUUUCAGCUCUGUUUCAGAAGAACCGACCAGCAGGUCGACAAGUAGUGGCAACAGAACUGCAGCUGCUCAAGGGCACCUCAGAGGCCUGAAUCAUGUUUACACUAACAGUGAUGCUAAUGCUAACUUCCUAAAUCAUGGACAGCUAUCUUAGGAGAAGUUGUUAAACACAUUUUGAAUCAUGUUUUACCCUGGUGUGACAGUGUUAAUGCUGAAGUAAAUGCUAAUGCUAUGGAGAUAAUGCUGAGCCUGUUACUACCUUCAGAGCAGUAUAUCAUUUCAUUUUUAUUUUAUUACAGUAUCAGGACAUGGGGACACGGGGACACAGGGACACUGAAAUAGUUCUAGUAAGUUAUCAUUUCCAUAGCAACAACUUGUACACAGGGGCCGAGCCAUCUAACAAGCUACGACAGAGACACAGAGGCCACGCCUCCUGAGUGUCCCUCAGUGUUACUUAGCAUCCCUCAUGUCUCUUAGCAUCCCUCAGUGUACCUCAGCAUGCCACAGUGUCCCUCAGUAUCUCUGUGUCCCUCAGCAUUUCUCAGUGUCUCUCAACACCUCUUACUGUCUCUCAGCAUCUUUUAGUGUCCCUCAGUGUCUUUUAGCGUCUCUUAGUGUCCCUUAGCAUUCCUCAGUAUCUCACAGUGUGAGAUAUGUCUCUCUGUGUCCUCAGUGUCCCCAGUGCCCCUAAGUGUCUCCCAGCAUCCCUCUCUCUGAGUUCCUCAGAAUCCCACAUUGUCUCUCAGAACCCCUCAGCAUCCCUCAGUGUCUGUAUGCAUCCAUUAGUGUAUCUCAGUGUCUCUCAGUGUCCCUCAGUGCCCCUUAUUGUAUCUCAGUGUCUCUCAUCAUCCCUAAUGUCUCCCCGUUACCCUCAUUGUCCCUCAGCAUCCCCCAGUGUCUUUAAGCGUCCACCAGUGUCUCUCAGGGUCUUUAAGUAUUCACCCAGCAUCCCCCAAAUGUCUCUCAGUGUCUCUUAGCACCUCCCAGUUUUUCUCAGCAUCCCUUAGAGUCUCUCAGUUUCUCUCUGUGUAUUUCAGCCUCCAUUAGCAUCCCCAGUGCCCCUAAGUGUCUUAGCAUCUCUCAGCAUUCCUCAGUGUCCUUCAGUGUCUCUCAGCAUCCUUUAGUGUCUCCCAGGGUCUUUAAGUGUCCCGCAGCGUCCCCAACAUCUCUCAGUGUCUCUCAGUAUCUCUCAGCAUCCCUUAGCGUUUCUUAGCAUCUCUAGGCAUCCCUCAGUGUGCCUCAGUGUCUUUUAGCUGUCCCUCAGUGUCUCUCAUUGUCCACCAGCAUCGCCCAGUGUCUCUUAGCAUCCCUCAAUGUCUUUAACUGUCUCUCAGGGUCUUUAAGUGUCCCCCAAUGUCUCUCAGCAUAUCUCAGUGUCUCUCAGCAUCUGUCAGUGUCUCUCAGCGUCCUGAAGGGUUCCUCAGUAUCUCUGUGUCCCUUAGUGUUUCUCAAUGUCCCUCAGUGUCUCACUGCAUCCCUCAGUGCCCCCCAGUGUUUCUAGGUGUCUCUCAGUGUUCCUCAGCAUCUCUCAGCCUCCCUCAGUGUCUUUUAGUGUUUCUCAGUGUCCCCAAUGUUUCUCAGUGUCCCUCAGCGUCUCUCAGCAUUGCAUCACUCACAUUACUGUUUAAACAGUUUUAUUUCAUUCUAUUUUACAUUUAUUGUAUUAUUGUUGUAAUAAAAGUAUAUGUCUGGA